AUGAAACAUCUAAAUAAUGUCCGCAGAUCGACAAUGGCACAAGAACGACUUUACAGACUAGCUCUCAUGGCAACUGAAGACCGUGUUCUCAGUAACUUACAGUUUGCUGAUGUUUUGGAGAAAUUUGAUUCCAAGAAAUUACGCAAAGCAAAUAAAAUGGCGCAUCAGCCAGCGGUAUCAGCUGCUACGUGUGCUCCUCCAAGCUCCAAGAACGGUAGCGACAUCAACUGUGAUGACCCCUUCCACCCGGCCCACUCCACCUUCGCUGAGGACUGUCACGUGCCCAAGGAGAGACACAUUGGCCAGUUCCCAGCCAACUUCUGCGUCAAGAUCAUCGGUACCUCAGCCAGCACAGGCGAGUCGCUGAUGAUUAGGACGUGUGUGCUGGAGAACAUGGACUCCCAGUGUGGCGUGUUCAAGUUCGGCGGUGAACAACUAACCGGCUGCAUCCUGACGUGCACCUAUGAUGGCUGCAACCACAGCCCGCGUCCCGUCUCUCCUCUCUCUCUAACGAUCCUGGUCCUCCUCCUCCUUCCCUCGUCUCUGGCCGCUCUAACCCACCAGUUGCUUUGAUAGUCCACACCCUGCGUUGAUCGAUCACUUGUUGAUCGUCUAUCGUGUUGAUCGUCUGUUGAUACUUUGCCUGCUGCAUUGCUUGUCUAUCUGCGGCGUUGAUUGUUGAUUGUCGUCUACCUGUGGCGUUGAUUUUCCAUCCGUCAUUUUCCUAGAGUUCAUUGCCUGUCUACUUCUGCUUUCAUAAUUUGUAUAUAUGGUCAUCCAUCUAUCUUUGAGCUAAUCAACCAUCUAUCGUUGAGCAAGCCACUUAUUUAUCGAUUAUUUAGCCGUCAGUCUAGCGCUGGGCUAGUCAUCCAAACAGCCACCUAAUUACUGCUGGUUUAGUCACCCAUCUAUCACUGGGUCAGUCAUCCAUCUACUUGUAAAUGUUGAAUCUGUACUUGUUACAUCUCUGCCUUACGUACUAGAACCACCACCAGAGGUCAGGCAAGACACUCACACUGGUACCAUCUCACUAAGCUUCACGCCUACACUCUCUCCCUUACAAAACAAUGUUUCUCAAAGCAUUCCCAUAUGCUUAUUAUUCCAAAGUUUUUCUAUAUAAUUUAUGCACUUUGUUCUGCCACAUACUAUUUCGUUCACUUAAUCGUUAAAUCUAUGCCAAGUAAGUAAUCAUAUUAAGCCAGAUUAAUGCCAGUAGUGGGACGAGAGAGAUCGUGGGAGUUUACCUGGAGAGAGUUCCGGGGGUCAACGCCCCCACGGCCCGGUCUGUGACCAGGCCUCCUGGUGGAUCAGAGCCUGAUCAACCAGGCUUUUACUGCUGGCUGCACGCAAUCCAACGUACGAGCCACAGCCCGGCUGGUCAGGUAAAGCUAACACAGGUCCCACCGAGGGAUGACAGUGUUUCUUGACAACUUUAUAAAUACAUGUGUUUCACAUGCACAGUAUCCUAUGAUGACUUGUAAUAUGCAAUAGUAAUUUGCACUUGCAAUAAAAAGGGGCUUGCUAAAUUUUUCUCAAGUAUGUAAUUUUUUUUUCAGGAAUCGCUACUGUUUUAGUUUCUUGUAAAAUAAAUUUUGAACACCAAGAAAGCUGAAUUUAUAAGUGAAUUAAAGAAAGAUAGUAACAUCAUCUGUUGACAAUAAAUUAAGUGUUACUUCUCUAACAAGUUCAAAUGUAAUCUUCACAAACGCUGGGUCAGUCAAUCAUCUCAUAUUUGGCAAAACACUCAUAUGUCGCUGGGCCAAUUAUCCAUCUAUCGCUGGGUAAACCAUUCAUCUAUUUCUGAGCCAGCCACACAUUUUUAUUUACGAAGUUCUUCAGCAAAUGAAAAAAAUAUGUACGGUAUGCUGCAAACCAAUGAGAAACAAGAAAGAAAACACAUCUACAGUGAUAACAAUGGAGGCAGACAUGGAAACGCAACAAGUAUGCAAUAGAUACAAUAGGAAACAGAUGAGGAGUACAUUGGUCUUCAGCAUAACUCAAAACUUCAUGUCUCUCAGCACUCUAACUUGGUCACAAUAUAAGCUUUUCUGGCUGUGAAUUAAAGUAAUUAGGUUAUUUGUUAAAAUUACCAUGUAAAUUUAAUGGUAAUCUUUAGUGAUAACGACACCUAUAUGGCCGUCAGUAUGUGACAACAACCACACUGAACCUGUCUCGCCACUGAACCUGUCUCGCCACUGAACCUGUCUCGUCACUGAACCUGUCUCGCCACUGAACCUGUCUCGCCACUGAACCUGUCUCGCCACUGAACCUGUCUCGCCACUGAACCUGUCUCGUCACUGAAC